UUCAAUUUCUUGUUUUUUUGUAAUGAACCGGCACUUUUUAAGUUUUAGAAUUCAUUUUUUGAAGCAUGAAAACCAAGCUUCUCACGAUCAGAAUCUAUUCUGAUCAAAAGGCGCUGAAUGAAAAGUCCGACUUAAGUACGAAAGGGCAAAAUCGACAUUUGCCCUUAAAACAUAAACAACACUUAAAACUUCAGUCGACCGAACCCUAAAACUCUUUCUCUUUCUUGGAAUACCAGAAGAGAGACACAAGAGAAACCCCUUCCUCCUUCCUCCUUCCUCCUUCCUCCUUCCUCCUUCGCCUAACAGUCACUUCCCUCUUCCUUCCUCAUCUCUUCAUUCUCCUUCGCUCGAAACCCAUCCCUAACCUCCCUCACUGGAAACGAAAAUCGGUGAUUCUUCAUCAUCCCUAACCUCCUCGACCAGCGGCGGACACUCCAAGCUCUCCUCGACCAGCGGCGGACACUCCAAGCUCCUGCAGAAAUAGUGAGAAAAUGUCAACUUCAAAACAAGCAGUUAAUGAGACUGCAAAAUGGAGCCAAGCAAAUGUAGACACCCUUAUUUUUCUGAUGGUAGAGGAAGUUAAGAAAGGACAUAGGACUACUUCGACUUUUAAUAAAGCUGGUUGGAACAACAUUGCCAAUAACUUCAAAGAAAAAACUGGGGUCAACUAUGCCAUUGUACAGUUGAAGAACAAAGUGAACAAACUGAGGCAGGAUUAUAGUCAGUUUAAGAAGCUAUUGGAGACAACUGGUUUUGGUUGGGAUACUGCUUCAAGAACUUGUACUGUUGAUGAUGAAUCCAUCUGGGAAUCGCAUAUUAAGGAUAACCCUACUUGGGCACGAUUUAAGAAGCACGGACUACCACAAUGGCCAGAACUAUGUAUGGUAUUUGGUGAUACAUAUGCAGACGGCGAAGGAAGUGGGACUCAAACAACCAUAUUGGAAACUUUGGGGGCCAAUGAUGCUAGGAAUAUGAUUGAGUCUUGUGAUGAGUCAAGUUCCGCUGAUGAAGUUACUCCAUUAGGUGACACUCAAACUGAAGCAGUGGAAAAAAGGCCAGUUACUAAGCAUAGGCAUGAUAGGACUCCAAAUGCGAAAAGGAGGAGGAGCAAGUCUAAUGAUUGGUCAAUGGCAUUCAAGGCAAUUCAAGAUAUUAGUAAAUCAAGGGUAGAACGAGAUGCGAGCAUGUCCACUGCUUCAACCCAAAAUGCGGAACAGAUGUAUGGAAUUACUAGGGCCAUGGAGGUGCUUGAGUCAGGAUAUGAGUUAGAUGAAGCACUAUACGAGAAAGCACUUCGGAAGUUAAUGGCUGACCCGCAAUGGAGAGAAGCAUUAAUUUCCUGCCCUCCUCAUCGGAAGUCAAUACUCCUUCGUACCCUUCAGUAGUUUGCUUCUUGAAAAGUUCUUUUAAUUAGAUAGAUUGAUAACUCUACUUGGAUUGUGCCUUGACCCUACUUUUAACUUUGAUGGUUUGCUAUGUUUUCCUUCACUUUUUAAGAUGUUA